AGAGCCUAGGGGCAGGCGCGGGAACGGGGAAGGAUGAAUUAAUUUUUCCUACGGUGUUUAUUUCCCCCCCCCUGCCAGUGUGAAGGAAAAUAUGGUACAGCGCAUGCCGCUGUACUCGUUCCCCACCACCGUGACAGCACCAACUUCCCAGCACCACCAUCGGAAAAGCCCACCGAAAACGGCACACUCAGGGCUCUCCGGCCCAAAAAGUUUCCCGAUGUAUCUCACGCCAAAUAUCUCUUGCAAAAUCUAUUCUCCACACUUUGACAAUUUUCCACAAUGAUUCCACGAAGGGGGGGGGGAGUAGACUCUUUUUUUUCCUCGUUGGUUGGUCCUUCCGUUCCAACUCUCCCGCUCGCUCGGUCUCUCCGCUCAUUCUUCCUUUGACUCACGCUCGCUCGCGGACCCGGUGCGGAGAGCGAGACUCGUUGCGCUCAGGCGUUGUAUCUCAGGCCAGUAACAGUCCUUUAAACUGUUGCCAGUUAGUUUGCGAGCAAUAGUACUAAAGAUACUGUUUUACACGCUGGUACUACUUCCUGUCUGCCUUCCGCACACGCACAAAAAAAAGCGGACUACCCCGGAUCGUGGUAGUGGUUAUCCACAACGGGGGGGACGGGUGUAGGACGAGAUAUCUGUACAUUGGGGUUUUUGUUUUCCGCAGUACUGGAACGUCCGCCGACUGGACGUUCAAAAGAAAAAGCUGAAGCUGAAGACCAAACCUAUCCGGACAGCGUUGGUGAAGGUGUCCGGGAAUGUAAAGCGCAGUUUCUGGUGGUGUGGUGUGCACUUGCUUACUACAGUCAGCAGCAGCAGCAGCAGCAGGCUGCUUUCGGUGAGAUGUAAUAGACACGCUCUCGCAGUGAAGGUUUGGCAGGUCCCUUCCCCAGCGUAGUUGCGUAGGACCACCGCAACGCCAAAAGAAACCCACCCGCGUACGAAAUCGAUCAGUGGUGCAAAACGAGCUCGAGUGUCAGCAAGAUUUUUCCGCCCGUUGUUGUCCCACAACAACAACAAAAAAAAAGCCCCCCCCCCCCAACACGGGAAGGCUCGGCCGUAACCAGUAUUUCUUGUGUGAGGACAAACAACCCGAAGAAGCAGAAGACAAAAAAAUCUAACCACAAAAAAGAGAGCAUCUCGGACUCGGCGCAUGUGUGUGUGUGUGUGGUGUUUUGUGAUGUGAGUGUGCAAUAUUGCCUGAUUACGGGGUGAACCGUGUUCUGCGGUGCUACGGGAAAAUGUCCGUGCACAAAGAUGGUGGCGAAAGUGCUAUGGCGCGCACCAUGUUCGCCUGAUCCACGGGAAUGACCCCGUGCAACGCGAACCUGCCGUACCGUUUUGUGACGUGGUGUAACGGGAUGCAGUGUACCGAGUAGUACCGUUUGCUCCGUACUCCGACAGUGUUGGUCCUGCCGAGCGGUGUGAAGUGAACAGUGAACCCUGGCAGCAAACGUUUCACCUUCGUGUGUGCUUCAAACAAUCAAACAUCAGUACGCCAUAUCAUCCGCGCGCUCCCUACGGCACAAUCAAUAAAUAAACCCCCGAGCGAGGCAACGUUUCCUGCAGCAGAAGAAGGAAAACUCUUCGGGGGGUUUUUGUUUUUUUCUUCUUCUUCGUUCGUGGUCGAAUGUGUUCCUGCUCCGGACUGAAGCCUAUCGAUGACAGGCAGGGCAAGAGUAAUGGAUCUCUAGUGGUGGUCGAGUAUGGUGUAGGCGCGAGUGCGCAACGUACAUUCCCGUGGUGCAAAGAAAAAAAACCCCCCCGUAUGCAAAACGGACCGAGCGAUGUAAGACACACGGCGAUAAGCAAGAUAAUUGGUGCUCGAAUUUUGUUUGUAACCAAUCUUGGCCCCAUCCAUCCCGUAGGACGCGUCCGGGAAGAUCCUUACACGCCGCGUACAGCAUUGCGAUGGGCUAUUUAUAGAUCCAGACCUAUCCACCCAAAGAAGCGCCCGGUAGAGAAGCGUUACCUCUAUAAAUAAGGCAUCAAGAGACGGAACGGUCCACAACUGCACCAAGACAGCAGUGACAGCCAUUUGGAAAGGAUAAGGAAAGCGGGUCGAACAAUUAUGCCAUGGUACUGCUGCAGCGCGCUAAGCCACUAAAAAUGAUACAGCUCUACUUCACAGUACUGUUUUUCCUGCUGUCAUCGGCACUGUGCGCCGACUGGAGUGCCAGCUGUCCGGUGAACUGUAGCUGCAAGUGGUCGAACGGCAAAAAGUCCGCCAUCUGCAAUGGGGCCGACUUUACCGCGGUACCGUCGAACCUGUCGACCGAGAUACAGGUGCUGGUGCUGAACGACAACAACAUCCCGUACCUUAACCGGGAAGAGUUUACAUCGCUCGGGCUGGUAAACCUGCAGAAGAUACAUCUGAAACAUUCGCACGUGAAAUAUCUGCACCGGGAGGCGUUCAAGAACCUCAAGAUACUGGUCGAGGUGGAUCUGAGCGAGAACGAAAUCGAAACGCUCGACAAGCAAACGUUCGCCGGUAACAAUCGGUUGCGCAUCAUCAACCUGUACGACAAUCCGAUCAAGAUGCUGGUGGCGGAACAGUUCCCGGUGCUGCCGUACCUGCGCAACAUCGACCUGCACGGCUGCCAGCUGCGGUACGUGGCGGAAACCGCCUUCUCCAAUCUGGACUUGCUCGAGUUUCUCGACCUAUCGAAGAACCGGCUCGAAAGCUUACCGCACCACGUGUUCAACCACAUGAAGAACCUGAAGACGUUAAUACUGGAGGAGAACUGGUGGAACUGUGACUGCCAUUUGCGGGACUUUCGCAACUGGUACCUGAACAGCUCGCUGAACCGGCGCAGCCUCAUCUGUCAGCGACCGUUCGCGCUGAAGGGCCUGUCGUGGGAGUAUCUCGAGACGGAGCAGUUCGGGUGUAUGCCGAUGGUGGAGAUCUUUCGGGAUGAGUACGAGAUCGAGGAUCUGGGCACGAACAUCACGUACAAGUGUAUGGUGUCGGGCGACCCGGAACCGAACGUCCGGUGGGACGUGAACGGGAAGGACGUCGAUCAGGACAAUGCGAUCAUCGAGACGGAGCGGCACGUAGCGUUCGACGGGAGCGUUACGAUCUGGAGCAAUCUCACGAUACUGAAUGUGACGAACAACGAUUCCGGCUUUUACACCUGCACCGCACUGAACCGGAUCGGGCUAGCGAGUAAAAACUUUAGCCUCGUACUGCCGGAGGUGGUCGAGCGGGUGAUCAUAAAGACGCCGGAAACGUUCUGGUACUUCGGCUUGAUAUUGGGCAUCUUUGGCACCAUCUUCGGGCUGCUGUCACUGUCGGUGGUGGUGUGUCUGGUGAAGCGGAAGCUGAGGAUGCGCCGCCGGCGGAAAACGAUCAAGAACAGUGUGAGCUUCAACGAUCAGGAGAAGAAGCUGCUAGAUCUGAGCAUCACCACGAACGAGCGGCAGGAGUUUAGUGCGAGCGAUGUGGUGACGCCCUCCACCAAGACCGACUCGACGAUUGCGAUGGAACCGGUGCAGAUAACGAUCGAGUCGAUUGCGACCUCGAAGCGGGAGGAGUAUCCGCUGAAUGUUGGCGUGUUUCCACCACCGCCCGAAUUCUGCACCCAGAUGAUAUCGAACCCGACGAUCAGCAACAUCUACAUCUCCGUCUCGGUAACGCAGGAUCCGCUCGAAGGUGCGGAGGUGAACAUGUACCCCGACCUGCUCAACAUCCCGAACCGCCACCAGAAGGGACCGCCAAAGAUAUCGCCCGUGAGCGUUACGUCCUACGCAACGUUACCACGCAAAACGGCUACGGUGGGCGGUGGUCCCCGGUGUUCCAUCACGUCCGGCCAUAGUUCCGGGUCGAGCUCGAGCGGUACCACCGUCACGCAGCUGCUGGCCGGUGGUAAAGCGAGCGGUGGUGUUGUUGGAGCACCACCCUCGACCGGUUCACCACUGUCCUGCACGCCAAGCUUGCUCGCGACGGAAAUCCCACUGACGGAAGGCAUUGUCAAUUACGCGACCACCUCCCUGCGCGAUGACUCCGGGUGCGAGAUGUCUGCGUCGCCGGUGCCGUCCAUGUGUGCCGAAUGCAGCAAGGUGAUGAAAGCGACCAGCAGCACAUCGACGUUCGCCGCCACGUCCAAGUAUGGCGGUGCGUCGCGUACACUGUCCGGCGUCGGCGGUGAUCUGGCGACGAUGGCGGGCAGCAUCAAGUGCGAGAAACCGCUCGCCUGCCUGAAGUACGACAAUAUGGGGCGCCGGUAUACGGCCAGCGGCAACUCGACGCUCUCGCUGCCGGACGAGCUCAAGUCGUCGGCCGGACCGCCGGGCACGUUCGUCAUCAAGCAGCAGGAGAUCGAAACCAUCGUCGAGCAGGACGACCAUGCCGCGCUGGACGAUGCGACCCGGCUGGACGAGCAGCUCGAAUCGUCCGCCUCCUCCUCCUCGGCAACGGCGGUACCGGGUGCGAUGGGACCAGCGGCAUUGGCGGGACCGCUUACCGACGACGGUGGGCAGGAGGCGGCCCAGCGGGGUCUGUACGUCGUGGGUAAUGAUUUCGUUUCGCUGUAGUCGUCGUCGUCCCCGGCCAGGCCAACCCUAUCAAGCGUCGGUAUCCCGGCGGCCGUCGGCAGGGUACGCCGCACCGAGCAACCAAUCCAAACCAUCGAACUUAAAUUGUACAAACGUAUUUAUCCCUCUUCCUUCCUACCACCUCACUAUCCGAACCCGACUAGCACCUACCCAGAAACUCACCUCUAUUAGCUGUACACACUGUUGCAGCAACAGUAAUGAAGGAAGCUAAUAGUAACGCUCACACAUACACACACACAAACUCACUCGUAUAUCCUUCGCUUCAGCGCCUAGACUCCGACCCCGAGUACGCAAACUUCAAAGCAUGAUAGUAGCGUGCAACAACCUACACACACACACACACAGAGACGUGCAAAGUCGACAUUUACGGCAGCGAUGUACCGGAACGUCUCGGAACCCAUUUACCCGUAAUUAUGACAUUUUUUUUUGUCGACCACUGGUUAACAGAAACGAGGUAAGGUUGUAGUAAGCGCCGUAUCCGUAGGUAAUUCUAUCCUUAGCGGGGUGUGAGUAACUUUUUCAAGCGACCUGAACCAUCGGUGAGUCACUGGUAGUGAUGGGCAUUUCGUUCCGAACCUACUAGUUCGAAGUUCGAGGGUAGGUUUUUUUUGCACCUACAUUUUGUGGUUCAUUGAGAAGGUUACCUAUCAAUUAUUUAUUUCCCAUGCUCACAGUAAUCUCAAUAACCAAACCGGGACGCUGAUAGAAGCCACGAAAGUGUUAACGAUUGUUAAAAAAAAUUCGAAAGUGUUAACGAUUGGUAGAUGCUUCAAUUGUCAUAAUUUUCAGUUUCCAAUUAAGUAGGUUCAAAGAACCUAUUACGUUCCGUUCCGUUCCAAAUUUCGUACUGUUUCCAAAAAUAGAAUAUUCCCAACACCAAUCACUCAAGGAAUCAGAAGUAAAACAAAUGCGCCCGAAUGUAUGCAAUCUCCCUGGUUGUUCAGACAAUGCAGUAACGCUUCACCGUUACGCGCGUCCAAGCGGUUGCUUGUUGUUUACUCUGUCGCUGUCGUGCGAGCCUCUGCCCGACAUCAUACCAAUCUAGUGUGAAAACACCCGGGUUUUUUUUAACCUUCUCAUGUUCCCGAUGCCCCGCUGUGGUCAAUCACGUUUGCUUGGUUGGUUAGCUCCGUUUUGCGUACCUCGGUAUGGGUUUGCUUCGCAAAAGAACAAUUCUUUUUUCAGCACACCUGUCAACAGUGACUCACACAGUUAGCUCCAAAAUCAGUAGCUUUAUACUACUACUACACACACCCACACACAGAUACACGUUAAUACAAAUAUUAGUUGGAAAGAGGGGGGGCCGUCGCUUUUAAUUCAUAUCAUACACCACAACUGUCCAUACCGCGCCUGGAGCCUGGCUGAGAUGGGCAUCAAACAAAAACAAAAAAAACAAUGGACUGUGGACAUCGUUCCAACGCAAGGACCGACUGCGACUCCAACUCAGUAGAUCAAAUGCAGCAACAACAACAAAAAAUCUGACAGAUGACAGACCGCCAAGCCAAAACAAAAAACUGAGGGUCUUCCAAAAUAGCGCCCUAUUGAAGCACUUAAACAACCGAGACCCCCGCUCUAUUUAACUGCUGCAACGAACAGCUGUACCGUACAGCGACCGUAAAUAGUUCGCUCCCUUAGUGGAUACAUACAUAUAGUUUAGUUAUCGAACGAUGUGUGCGCACGUGUGUGUGUGUUGGUAAAUUUUUUUGUGGGCCAAAUCGCUUGAUUGCACCUAUCACUUAGUACGGAUGUUUGCGCAAACAGUUGUAAAGCAAGGGUUUACGUUGGCUCCGUAACGAAUCUAGCACUAGUUUCCGUUUCCUACUUACUAAACCUGCAGACUAUUUAGAUGUUUUGGUUUUCCAUGUUCCAUUUUAAGCAAACAAGCAAACAAAAACCUUUCAUCCCAAAUCGUGGGGUUAUCAUGUAUAUCAUAUAUAUGCUGAAAAUAGUGAUGAGCAGUGAACAACGGCAAACCAAAAAAAAAAAAAUACUAAAAACAAGGAAAGAAAUGCACCCGUAUGCAUAAACUGCAAAAGACGUUACGAGACGUUAUAACUCUCUAAUCUCUGUAACACUACAUAAAACUCACACACACACACACCGACACACGCAAACGAGAAAGAAGAAAAGUAACUAGAGAAAAAAAAGUUUGAGCAAAAACAACAAUACUAAUACAAAAACCCAAAAUCAAACAAAAAAAAACACCCACACAAUGUAACUCCGAACUACGCAAAAUGUAAUAUAAAAUCUGGUUCGAUUUGGGAGCAAAUUAAAAAAAAAAACCCCAAAAACGAGGAAAGGCCGUUUCUUUCCUUCUCACACCUCCCCCCGCAUAAAGAAGCGUUAUAUAGUAUCAGUUGUGAAUAAUGGAUAAUGGUAACCAGUUAAGAUGUGUUAAAUGUGUAAAGAGAUGGGAAAUGUAAAACAUUUCCAUGGGAGAGGGGGGGGGGGGGGGGUUGGGAAACAAAACCUGGCUGAGGAACGUAUUUAAACGAAGACAACCAAAAAAAAAAAAACACUAAACACACGACAGCAGCGGUAUAUAAAAUGAUAAGCUUAUUAAAAUGACUUUCAGUUGAAGCGAUAUUGCGUUGAACCUAUUACAAUUACAGUAGAUCGCAAGUAAUUCUAGAUCAUGAGAAAAGAAAGAAAAAAAACAACCGAGCGAUACAGACACACAGUCAGAACAAAACGCUGAUACUUCUGAAUAAAAAAAAAA